ACUCCUCCCCACCACUUCCUCCCUGCCCUGGGGUUUUUGUACAGAGAGAAGGGGAGGUGGAGGAGCGGGAGCCACAGCCCAGGCCAGAGGAGCAGGAGGCCCAUCCGAGGCCAGAGGAGCAGGAGGCCCGUCUGAGGCCAGAGGAGCAGGAGCCCCAUCCGAGGCCAGAGGAGCAGGAGCAGGAGAUCCGUCUGAGGCCAGAGGAACAGAAGCCCCAUCUGAGGCCAGAGGAGCAGGAGCCCUGUCUGAGGCCCAAGGAGCAGGAGGCCCAUCCGAGGCCAAAGGAGCAGGAGCAGGAGGUCCGUCUGAGGCCAGAGGAACAGAAGCCCCAUCUGAGGCCAAAGGAGCAGGAGGUCCGUCUGAGGCCAGAGGAGCAGGAGCAGGAGGCCUGUCCAAGGCCAGAGGAGCAGGAGCCCUGUCUGAGGCCCAAGGAGCAGGAGGCCCAUCCGAGGCCAAAGGAGCAGGAGCCCUGUCCAAGGCCAGAGGAGCAGGAGCCCCAUCUGUGCUCGACAGCUGAAGGCAGAAGAUGAUGUGAAUGGGCUGUAAGAACCAGGUGAGAUGGAUGGAGAGCUGCCCUGUGCUGAGGUGGAUGGAGAAGUGUCCUCUGCCACAGAGGAUCUGGGAGGAGAGAUGCCCCAUGCUGAGAGCAGUGAAGGAGAGAUGGCCCAUGCAGAGAGCAGUGCAGAAGGAGAGAUGCCCCAUGCUGAGAGCAGUGCAGAAGGAGAGAUGGCCCAUGCAGAGAGCAGUGCAGAAGCAGAGAUGGCCCAUGCAGAGAGCAGUGCAGAAGGAGAGAUGGCCCAUGCAGAGAGCAGUGCAGAAGCAGAGAUGCCCCAUGCAGAGAGCAGUGCAGAAGGAGAGAUGCCCAGUGCAGAGAGCAGUGCAGAAGGAGAGAUGGCCCAUGCAGAGAGCAGUGCAGAAGCAGAGAUGGCCCAUGCAGAGAGCAGUGCAGAAGCAGAGAUGCCCAGUGCAGAGAGCAGUGCAGAAGGAGAGAUGGCCCAUGCAGAGAGCAGUGCAGAAGGAGAGAUGCCCAGUGCAGAGAGCAGUGCAGAAGGAGAGAUGGCCAGUGCAGAGAGCACCACUAAAGAGGCAGCACCCUGUGCCUACAGCAGCGUGGAAGGAGAGAUGCCGGUCACCGAUGGGGAAGGGGAAAUGCCCUGUGCUGAGGCUGAUGCGAAAGGAGAAGCAUCUUACAGUGAGAGUGAUGGGGAAGGAGUGCCAGAUCCUGAAAUCCCUGCUGCUUCAAAGAAAAUGUCUUCCAUUUCCUCUCCCCUGCGGGCCAUCGUCCGCCUGCGCCGCCGGUUCCGCGGGCAGAGGAAAAGCCGCCUGCAUCUGGAGCUCCCUCGAGAGAAGUCUCCAGAGCUUGUCCACACGAGGCUGCUCCAGAGGCAGCUUUCCCUGACCAGACCUGGCCUCUAUGGCCCUCCCAUGGCUUUCUUUAAUCAGAGCAGCUUUGAAACUUCCCAGUACUUCACCUUUGACACGUCGGUGGAGCAGUGUGCUCUCAAAAGGUGCAGGAGGAAAAAGAACCGCAGGAAAUCGCGGGUCGUGCUGUACCCAGACAAAACAAAGAGGUACCUCCCGACAGAGGAGAAGAGCAAGGCAAAGCGCUGCCUCCUCCUGCUCAUUGCCAUCAUCUUCUUCCAGAUUCUCAAUGCAAUAGAGAACCUGGAUGAUAACCUUCAAAAAUACGACCUGGAUGGUUUGGAGAAAACGAUGCACCGAGAAGUGUUUGGUCAGAAGGUCGCUGUGGAGAGUAUUAUGGAAUUGCUGAGAGACUAUCUGGCUACCCACAUACACAACAAGCCUCUAGUCAUGUCUUUAAAUGGCCCAGCAGGAGUUGGGAAGAGUCACGUUGGCUGGCUGCUGGCCAAACAUUUUCGUUCUGUCAUGGACAGUGACUUUGUGCUUCAGUACUUUGUGAUGCAUCACUGCCCCAGCGGGGCGCCUCCUCUCACCUGUGAAAUUGAGCUGGCCAAGAAGAUUUCUGACGUGGUUACACGAGCUGAGACAGAAGAGAAGAUCCCCUUGUUUAUUCUGGAUGAGGUUGAGCUCAUGUCUCCGCUCCUGCUGGAUACCCUCAGCCGAUUCUUUGAGCCCAAUCAAACCAACGAGUUCCUCAACGCCAUCUACGUUUUAAUCAGCAGCAUGGGGGGUGCUGAGAUAACCAACUUUGUUAUCCAGAAUGCAUCUGCUGAGCUUCUGCACCAGCAAAGGGGAGUUGAGGAGCUGCUGAGCAUUGUCCAGCCUGUCCUGGUUGAUGCUCACCCUCUCUGGAAAUCCGCAGCCAUCGUCCCCUUUGUUCUUCUGGAGAAGAGUCACGUCAUCAACUGCUUCCUGGAGGAGAUGAGGAGGGAAGGGCUCUACCCCGACCAGAAGCGCAUCGAGACCUUGGCGAGUCAGCUCAGCUACUACACUACAGGGGACAAGCUGUACUCCAGGACGGGCUGCAAGCAAGUCAAAGUCAAUCUGCUGUAGUGAUUUACUGCAGAGGACGAGUCCUGCUCUUGGGAUUUGCCUGUGGAGGAGCCGUGGCCAAGGCGCCCGUCCUGGGCUCUGCGCUGCCCCUGCCCUGGGCAAGGUAGAGGGAUGGCAGCCCCAGCUCCUCUGUUGUCCUUCAGAUGCUUCACUUCUUCCUAAUGUUCUGUGAAUGAGAGCAAGGAGGCCCAAGCAUCCUCCUGUGAGUUGUGAGCAGCUUUGUUCCUCACACCCCCAUGGGCUGCUUUGUCAGUAGGGAGCUGGGGGAUGACAACAGACGCUGCGGGAUAUAAACGGCCAGAGGAGAUGGUAACUGGGUUACUGUCCUGUGCUACUCCUCACUCCUCUCCAGGCUCUUUGCUUUCCUUGGCUGGUGAUGUGCAGAGCAGAGACUGGGAGAAGUGAGAGAAUCUGUGGCUCCUGGUCACCCACGUGCGUGUGCAGCCACAGCUCUGCUUUCCCCAGCUCCUACGUGACCACUCACUAUGGAAGCUUGACUCUUGGACCCGUUCCUGAGUUCUUGCUCUUCUGAGCUCAUACCUGAGCUCACCCUUUGGCACCUCCAGCGAGAUUUCUGCCCUGCAAGACUGUUGGGGCUCAUUUUGGAGACUCAUCAGCUGUGCCAGCCAGUGCAGAGAUAACUGCUGGAUUGUUUCAGGGCUGCUGGUGCCAGCUUGUCCUGAGGGCUCUUCUGCUUUUUCCUUCUGGGUACACUUUGCCACACUCAUUAUCUAGAAAGUCCAAAAUAGCAACUGACAUAUAUUAAGCAACACACACUGGAAAAGACAGUUUGGGCUGUCCAGGCUGAGUGCAGGGGGAAUCCUGGGCUCGUGCCCAGCCCUGCCAGGUUCUUUGCCACUGAGACCCUGGGGAGGGCCUGCUGCUUGGAAACACCUCAGGAGAAGCUCGUGUCCUUGUUCUGAGCAGGCAAACUGAGCAGGUAUUUAUGACAUUGCUCUUUCAGGUUUUGGGUUUGUGGCCAAAUGCCCUUCUAUGAUUUGCUGUGAACGAGCACACUCACAGUCCUGUGGCUGGUUGCACUGGUGGUUUGAUUUGCCUCUUUCUAAUUAUUGGUCUCCAAAGACUUCCUCACAAAGUCCUGCUUCCAGAGCUGUUGUCAGGAGUAAAUCCCAACUA